AGCGGCCGCCGCCGCGCAUGCUCACCUCCUUCCCCGUCGAGGCCUCCGAGCGGCGCGAUGGAAGCGGGGAAGAUGGCGUCUCCCAAGAGCGCCCCGAAGGAUGCCCAGGUGAUGGCCCAGAUCCUGAAAGAUACAGGGAUUACAGAGUAUGAGCCACGGGUUAUAAAUCAGAUGUUGGAAUUUGCAUAUCGAUACGUGACAACUAUCUUGGAGGAUGCCAAAAUUUAUUCCAGCCACGCAAAGAAAUCGAGCGUUGAUGCAGACGAUGUGAGACUGGCCAUCCAGUGCCGGACCGAUCAGUCGUUCACCUCCCCACCCCCCAGAGAUUUUUUGCUAGAUAUUGCAAGACAAAAAAACCACACCCCCUUGCCUUUGAUUAAACCAUACUCUGGGCCAAGAUUGCCACCAGACAGAUACUGCCUUACAGCUCCAAAUUACAGGCUGAAGUCGCUGCAGAAAAAGGUCUCGUCCUCGGCUGGAAGGAUCACCGUGCCACGGCUGAGUGUUGGCGCUGUCACCAGCAGGCCCAGCACGCCCACCCUAGGACCACCUUCGGCACAGACAGUGUCCGUUUCGGCGAAAGUUGGGACUCCCGUCUCGCUGACGGGGCAAAGGUUCACCGUCCAGAUUCCCACCUCCCAGACGUCUGUAAAAUCAGCCACUCCGACCGCCCCCACCGUCCAGAACGUCUUGAUCAACCCCUCCUUGAUCGGGUCCAAAAACAUCCUCAUCACCACCAAUAUGGUCUCAUCGCAGAGCGCCGUGGGCGAACCCAACCCCUUGAAGCGGAAACAUGAGGAUGACGACGACUACGAUGUGUUAUGAGUUCCCGGGGUCCUUCCGCUCCGCUGCGAAGCAGGCCUGGCCCCGGGAGCGUUUUCGGCCCGGGAAUCAAAAACUCUCUGCUUGGACGUCCACCCUGCGUCGGCCCUUCGGCCCUGGCCUCCGCACCCCCUUCUCCCAUCUCCUAUCUCCUGAAGGCAGAUUUGGUUUUCAAAGACCUCUGAGCGGCUUGC